GUGGGUGUUUUGAUGCCGUACUGAAGUGAACUGCCUGUGCUAGCUAGCUAGUAAGCAUUAAAAUAAGCGUUUUUUUGUCGGUGGAUAUAACUGGCUGAUUUAUCUUUUUAAAAAAACAAGUUUGCAAAUGUUAAUGUGAGCUACUUAAGUAUGUCUACUUAGGCAAUACCGUAACAUAGCUAGGUCCUGAAAGUAGAGGUUGUUGCCAAAGGCAAGGCGGUCCAGUGUGACGUGUAUUGUUGAAACUAAGUGUGAGUGGGAGGACAAUGUCGGGCGACCUGGUAGGGGUGUGGGAAGUGGCCCUGAGUGAUGGUGUUCAUCGGAUUGAAUUUGAACAUGGCACAACUACGGGCAAAAGGGUAAUCUACAUAGACGGAAAGGAAAUUGUAAGAAGGGACUGGAUGUUCAAGCUGGUGGGUAAAGAAACCUUCAAUGUGGGAAAUGCGGCCACUAAAGCAACGAUUAACAUUGAUGCAGUUAGUGGUUUUGCUUAUGAAUACACACUGGAGAUCAAUGGAAAGAGUCUGAAAACGUACAUGGAGAAUCGCUCCAAAGUCACCAGCACGUGGCUACUGAACCUGGAUGGGAUCGACUGCAGGGUUGUACUGGAGAAAGACACCAUGGAUAUUUGGUGUAAUGGACAAAACAUGGAGACGGCAGGGGAGUUUGUAGAAGAUGGGACUGAGACACACUUCACUCUCUUUGACCAUGACUGUUGCAUUAAGGCUGUGAGCAGUGGAAAGAGACGAGAUGGAAUCAUUCACACAUUGCUUGUGGAUGGCACAGAGAUAGCUGAAACCACAGAGUGACUGAGAGUGUGAGUUAGGUGAGCUUGUGAAUGAAUGAACGUGUGAGUUAGUAGAGUUUUCUUUCAACACAAUGUCAGAGUGAAACAGGCCUUUGCAAAUCAGGGAAAAGUAAUCAACAGAAUGUUGAUGCACCGUGAUAUUUCACUGUCAAGUUGGUAUAGCCAUUUGUUACCAUUUAAAUUCAUGGGCAUUGUGCAGAGAUGGCCUCACAGGCCCCACUUCCGCAGAGUUAUUUUAUAUCAUAUUAACUGAUAUAGUCAUGCCAUUAAGAACCCACACCUAAAAAAUGCAAAUGAAUGAAUCACAAUUUCAAAGUUGACAUUCCAGCGACCAGAAAGUGCACUGUGUUUAAGGAUACCUGCACAAACAGUUAAAAAAUAUUCUCUACCCCAAAUGGCAUGCAAUUCUCAUUGACUUAGGUAGCCUAGUGGUUCGAGCAAUUUUGACCAGUAACCAAAAGAUUGCUAGAUCAAAUCUCAGAGCCGACAAGGUGUAAAAUCUGUUGUUCUUUCCCUGAUAAAGGCAGUCUAUUCGGAUUGCUCCCAGGUCAUUGCUGUAAAUGAGAAUGUGCUUGUCAGUCAAUGUAUGUGGUAGAAUGUCCAAGAUCCAUGCAACUGGCUUAUCAUGCAAUCAUUUCCUGGUUAUUUGCUUUUGUGUGUAGGCAGCAACAUCUCUAGACCAAUGAAUUGUACUAACAUUCAAAACAGAUGUCAUGUGCAUAGUUGGUUAUUUAGCAUAAUGGGAUGUGUUCUGUGAUCAUGAUGCUCUGAUGUCAUCACAGCCAUUUCCUGAACUAAAUUCGGUCAAGAGUUUGGUAGGUAAUAAAUCUAGGUAAAUGUUUAAACUUUGAUCCAAAUUCAAACAAUCACGGAUGAAGGAAAACCUUUUCAUUCAGAUUUUUUAUGCUGUAUCUGAGGUGCUGGAGAUAGUGUGGUUUUUUCCUAUCCUUUCAUGGACAUCAUCAUUGCAUAAUGAUGUGAAAACUGUCCACACAGCAGUUUUUCCGUGUGUGAUUGAUGGAAUUCGGUGCAAUUACUAUUCAUUAUCUAAUAAAUUUCUUAGAUUAAAGGAAUAAACUGUGCUGUUUAACCUUA